AUGGAAGAAAGUUCUAAAUCACCGGGAUCUUCUGAUGGUGAUGAUGUGGCAUCAACUGCUUCACGGCCAGUUGAUGAGCAAGAGAUUUUUGGCCCUCACGACGAUAGUCCCGCACUUCUUAAUUCCAAGCUCGACAAUUAUGGUACGGGUCCUAAUACUGACAAUCUUGAGGAUGCAGAUGAUUUCGGCGAGUUCAUCUCAACAGCGUCCAGAAACGAUGGCUUUCCAAACCAGUUCAUGAUUGACACAUCAAUCCCGAAAUUCUACGAGCGGAAAUCAUCGACUGCUUCAAUAACUCGAUCCAUCUCAACGGCAUUUUCUCGACUAGAUACAAGUAAACCUUAUCAGCCUGUACAGGAUAAUUUCAACAAUAAUCAUAUCCUUGAGGGUGGUGGUACUGGAUCUGGUGCUGUCACAUCGUUUGAACCUCUUGAAAUGGAUAAUCACAACGACUCUGAUGUUGGUGGAUCUGGCCCAGAAUCCGGCCAUGAUGAUGACUUGAAUGAUGUUAGUAAUGAAUCUCCCGAAGCAGAUGAGUCUAUAACCGAGCUUAUUGAUCAAGAUCAUGGGAUUUCUGUUGAUAACACGCGGGAUAUCAGUGAACCAGCCAUCGACCAACCAACUAUAUCAAGGUCGUCAGAACCAUAUCAUUUUCCUCGUAGGGACUCCUCCCCAGUACAAUUGACACGUGUGGAUCCCACUCCUAUGGGUUCUGAAUCGCCCAUGUUAAUAUCAUCCUCUACAGGGUCUCCUCUUAUACAACCAUCUACCCCUGAAUCAAUUAGAGGAAGACAGAUUCACUCUAUAGAUGGUCGGUUCCACACUCGGAUGAGCUCGAAUACUAGCGGGUUGUCUGGUAAUCUUUUUAAUCGCCAUCUAGAUUCUGUAAGCUCCCUUUUGUUUGGGCGGUCUAGUGGGAAUGUUUCUCCAAAAAAGAAAGACGGUGGACUCACCACACCUGUCAAUGCCAAUAUUGAGACUAUUUCUGGGAGUGCUAGCGACGAGUUACUCAGUGACCUUCCAUAUCAAAAUACUCCAUGGGAGCCAGUGAGAUGGAGCAAAUUACGUAAAAUCUCAAAUCAACUUUAUUCAGAGUCGGCUCACGCCUUGUAUGGACAACCAACAUGCGUCUACCCUGCAUCUUUUAUAGCGGUGGGAAUGAGUCGUGGCCAUGUCCUUAUUUUUGACUAUCAACAGAAUCUUAAACAUGUUUUAGGUUUGAAAGCCAAGCUCCCUGAAUGGGGUGAAGUCACUUCUCUGGCUGUGUCUUUUGACCACACAUUUGUUGGAGUAGGUUACUCACAAGGACAUAUUGUUACUUGGGAACUUGCCAAGCCAAAUAAUCCCAAUAUUCAUAUUUAUCCGCUUGAAAAUAAUUUCGACAUUAAGCCCAAUGACGAUAAGGAGGGCCAUAUAAAGGGUGCUUCUGUUAUCCACCUUGCGUUCAUUAACAAGCGCCAUAGCGCUCUUAUUUCUGCUGAUUCCAGAGGUAUGGCAUUUGCUCAUGAUACAGUUCGGAAUAUAAGGCGUCAUGUAAACACCAAACGAAUUCUUGGCAGAUACAGACCUCAACCCAAUACAAAAAACAGGCCUAUGACUAUAUUUGCAUGUGCACCGCGACCCACAGGCCAUAAUCCACUUCCAGAAGACCUCGGACUUGUAGCCAUAAUGACUCCCUACCUAUUGGUAGUAGUGUCUAUUCACCCACAGAUUCGCACUCAGCUAAAACUGCCCAGAAGCAAAGAGAUUAGUAGUUCUAUGGGAUUAAGUGCAUGUCUGGCAUGGUUCCCUGCUCCUACACCUACCCAUAUGUCAAAGCUCGCCUAUAGUUGGUCGAAUGUCGUACACGUCGUGGAUGUCUCACUUGUCCGGGACCCUUUUACAGAUGAUCUAACAGCUGCAUUUUCAUCGACCCGUAAACUAGUAUGCGAUGAGUCGAUUGUGGCAAUACAAUGGAUUGAUACAGUGGUAAGUUGGCGAGUAUUCGCUUUGUUAGUGCUAUACUCCCUGUUGUAA